AUGUGGACAAACUAUGGUUUGAGAUCAUUGUCUAAAACCAGUUUCUAUUAUAAUAAGUAUAAUAGUGAACAUGAAGAACCAUACUGGAGGGGUCCCAUAUGGAUCAACAUUAAUUAUCUAGUGCUCCGAGGUCUUAGACAUUAUGCCGAUAUCCCGGGUCCUAAUCAGUCAAAAGCGGCGCUUAUUUACAAAGAGUUACGAAAUAAUAUAAUUGAGAAUAUGUUCACAGAAUAUGAGAGGACGGGCUUUGUUUGGGAACAGUAUAACGAUAUGACUGGUAAGGGUCAGGACUCCCACCCCUCCUCGGGAUGGUCAGGGGUUGUGGUACUCAUUAUGUCUGAUGUUAGUAUUUCACGAAUAACAGGCAAUUCAACGGAUGUGAACAUACCGUUUGACCACCACUUCCACACCGAACCCAUACUGCCAUUCAAUACUUGGGGUUCAUUUCGUGCCUUUCAAUACUUCGGUCUCAAGACUUCAUCACCAGAUUCACCACUUAUUGGUUUAGUUUGGUUUAACAAUAGCGCCAAUAAUGUGUCUGCGCUUCACGUGAGACACUGGUGUGAUCUGAAUGAUGGUCUGACCUAUGGCUGGAAAUAUCAUAACUUCGAUGACUUUGGAUUUCAGACUAUUAAAGAUAAUGACUAUAAUUUUAAUACUAGUUUUAUUAAAUAUGCAGCUGAUAAUUGGAAAGCACUGGUAUCUGUAAACCAAAAAAAUGCUAAACCCAUAAUUUCAAAUAACAACAGUAUUUCGCUGAUCAUCUACCUGUCCAUUCAAAGGGAUAAGGAUGUGAUUCACAUCAAUGGCUAUAAUUCAAGUUCUAUACAAAUCACUGGAUUCAAUGAAUUUAUAGGAAAUUUCUCACUGAAUAUCACUUCACAAGGAGAUCCACUCUUAUAUAGUGGACAGUUAGACAGUAACUCAUCGGUUGUGGAUGUAAUCAAAGAAAUUAAAUCAAAUUUGACACCAAUUAUAAUAAACGGGACACAAAUAUAUGGAUUAAAAACACAAAAAGUACCCAGUCGUUCACAACUUAUAGCAUAUCAAGUGGUGUUCAGAGAGCAAACAAAACUAAUGAUUGAAUUUAAUGUCAAAAAACAAUUAAAGGAAAAGCUAUCAAAUGUCGGCGAUUAUGAUAAUGACAUGAAAGAGAGAAUACGACUUUUCGGACAAGAAUUUGAUACAAAGUUUGGUUUAAAGGGAAAAGGAUUUAAUGAGAAACAGAUUACGUUCGCGCAGUCAGUAUUGAGCGAAAUGUUGGGAAGCAUCGGAUAUUUCAACGGAAACUUAUCGGUCGACUCACCCGGUAUGACAUCACCGAAAACCUACGGACCUCUAGAGAUGUUAUCAGCCGUUCCCUCGCGACCAGUGUUUCCGCGGCCUUUCCUAUGGGACGAAGGCUUUCAUAAUCUGUUGAUUCAGCGGUGGAACAGUUCGCUGACACUGAAGAUAAUGAAC